AUGCAAGGCCUAUAUCAGGCUGCUGGACGAAUUCUUAUUACUCUAGGAGCUUUCAGUAUAUGCUCUGGAAUUAUUGCUUUCUUCCCUGUUUUUUCUUAUAAGCUUUGGUUCACAGGAUGGAGUGUCUGGAUUGCCUGUCCCAUCUGGAAUGGAGCUUUGGCCAUCACAGCUGGUGUGCUUCUACUGUUGGCUCACAAAAAGUGGACCCAGAGAUACCUGUGGGAAGCUAGUUUCACCUUUGUGAUUUUGAGCAUUAUGGGAUGUCCACUUCACUUUGCAGUGGCCUUAGAAUCUGCCCUUCUCGGCCCAUAUUGCUUCUACUCGUUUUCAGGGAUUGCAGGGACCAAUUACCUUGGUUAUGCAGUGACCUUUCCUUUUCCAUAUACAAAAUUCCCAUCAGUUUGUGUGGACCCACCACACUAUGAAGAAUAUCACCUGACGCUUCAAGCUUUCGACCUGUGCCUGAGCUUUGCCAUGUUCUGUACAUCCCUAACAGCGUUCAUCAAACUUUCUGCAAGACUUGUCUGGAAUGGACACAUGAAUGUAAGUUCCCCCUCCCCCGCCAAAAAGAAGUAG